AUGAGUGAAGAAAAUUUGAGUGAAGUUGCAGCUCCUCAAACAAAUACAUAUCCAGAUUAUUCUGAUUUACAUAACUCAAUACCUUCUCAUUUCAUUGGUAGAAAUACUUUAGAUGUUGCUGAAGAAGGUCCAGUUAAAAAUUUCGUUAGAGAACAUGGUGGUCAUACUGUUAUUCAAAAAGUUUUAAUUGCAAACAAUGGUAUUGCUGCUGUUAAAGAAAUUAGAUCUGUUAGAAAAUGGUCUUAUGAAACUUUUGGUAAUGAAAGAGCUAUUCAAUUCGUUGCAAUGGCUACCCCAGAAGAUUUAGAAGCUAAUUCUGAAUAUAUUAGAAUGGCUGAUCAAUAUGUUGAAGUCCCAGGUGGUACAAAUAAUAACAAUUAUGCAAAUGUUGAUUUAAUUGUUGAAAUUGCUGAAAGAACUGAUGUUGAUGCAGUUUGGGCUGGUUGGGGUCAUGCUUCAGAAAAUCCACAUUUACCAGAAAAUUUAGCUGCUUCUCCAAAGAAAAUCUUAUUCAUUGGUCCUCCAGGUUCUGCUAUGAGAUCUCUUGGUGAUAAAAUUUCUUCAACAAUUGUUGCUCAACAUGCUGAUGUUCCAUGUAUUCCUUGGUCUGGUACCGGUGUUAAAGAUGUUGAAUUAGAUGUCAGAACUAAUUUAGUUUCUGUUAAUGAUGAAACUUAUGCAAAAGGUUGUGUUAACAAUCCUCAAGAAGGUUUAGAAGCUGCAAAGAAAAUUGGUUUCCCAGUUAUGAUUAAAGCUUCAGAAGGUGGUGGUGGUAAAGGUAUUAGAAAAGUUGAAAAUGAAAAAGAUUUCGUUUCUUUAUACCAUCAAGCUGCCAAUGAAAUUCCAGGUUCUCCAAUUUUCAUUAUGAAAUUAGCUGGUAAUGCAAGACAUUUAGAAGUUCAAUUAUUAGCUGAUCAAUAUGGUAAAAAUAUUUCAUUAUUUGGUCGUGAUUGUUCUGUUCAAAGACGUCAUCAAAAAAUUAUUGAAGAAGCUCCAGUUACUGUUGCUAAAAGUGAUACUUUUAGUGAUAUGGAAAAAGCUGCAGUUAGAUUAGGUAAAUUAGUUGGUUAUGUUUCAGCUGGUACUGUUGAAUAUUUAUAUUCACAUUCAGAUGAUAAAUUUUACUUUUUAGAAUUGAAUCCAAGAUUACAAGUUGAACAUCCAACUACUGAAAUGGUUACUGGUGUUAAUUUACCUUCUGCUCAAUUACAAAUUGCUAUGGGUAUUCCAAUGCAUAGAAUUAGAGAUAUUAGAUUAUACUAUGGUGUUGAUCCUCAUACUUCAACUGAUAUUGAUUUCAAUUUUGAAAAUCAAGAAUCUUUAACUUCUCAAAGAAAGCCUGUUCCAAAAGGUCAUUGUACUGCUUGUCGUAUUACUUCAGAAGAUCCUGGUGAAGGUUUCAAACCAUCAGGUGGUUCUUUACAUGAUUUAAAUUUCAGAUCUUCUUCAAAUGUUUGGGGUUAUUUCUCUGUUAGUAAUCAAGGUGGUAUUCAUUCAUUUUCUGAUUCUCAAUUUGGUCAUAUUUUUGCAUUUGGUGAAAAUAGACAAGCUUCAAGAAAACAUAUGGUUGUUGCAUUAAAAGAAUUAUCUAUUAGAGGUGAUUUUAAAACAACUGUUGAAUAUUUAAUUAAAUUAUUGGAAACUUCAGAUUUUGAAGAUAAUACAAUCACCACUGGUUGGUUAGAUGAAUUAAUUUCCAAAAAAUUAACUGCUGAAAGACCAGAUCCAAAUAUUGCAGUUUUAUGUGGUGCUGUUACUAAAGCUCAUAUUAUUUCUGAAGAUGCAAGACAACAAUAUAUUGCUUCAUUGGAAAAAGGUCAAGUUUCUUCAAAAGAAUUAUUGAAAACUAUUUAUCCAAUUGAUUUCAUUUAUGAAGGUUAUAAAUAUAAAUUCACUGCUGCCAAAUCUGCAAAUGAAACUUAUACUUUAUUUAUCAAUGGUUCAAAAGUUGAAAUUGGUGCUAAACCAUUAUCUGAUGGUUCUUUAUUAGUUUCAUUAGGUGGUAAAUCUCAUACUGUUUAUUGGAAAGAACAAGUUGGUGCAACCAGAUUAUCUGUUGAUGCUAAAACUUGUUUAUUAGAAGUUGAAAAUGAUCCAACUCAAUUACGUACUCCAUCACCAGGUAAAUUAGUUAAAUAUUUGGUUGAAAAUGGUGAACAUGUUGAUGCUGGUCAACCAUAUGCUGAAGUUGAAGUUAUGAAGAUGCAAAUGCCUUUGAUUGCUCAAGAAAAUGGUAUUGUUCAAUUAGUUAAACAACCAGGUUCAAAUGUUUCAGCUGGUGAUAUCUUGGCUAUUUUAUCUUUAGAUGAUCCAUCAAAAGUUAAACAUGCUAAACCAUUUGAAGGUAUUAUGCCACAAUUUGGUGCACCAACUGUUAAAGGUUCUAAACCAGUUCAUAAAUUUAGAUCAUUAUUAUCAACUUUAGAACAUACUUUAGGUGGUUAUGAUAAUCAAGUUGUUAUGAAUGCAACUUUACAAAGUUUAAUUGAAAUUUUAAGAGAUCCUUCAUUACCAUAUUCUGAAUGGAAUUUCCAAAUUGCUGCAUUACAUUCAAGAUUACCACCAAAAUUAGAUUCUGAUUUAACUUCAUUAAUUUCAAGAUCUGAACAACGUAAAGCUCCAUUCCCAGCUAGACAAUUACAAAAAUUAUUGGAAAAAACUGCUUCAUCCCCAGAAGUUGAUGGUUUAUUUGGUCAAGUUAUUGCACCAUUAUUAGAUAUCACUCAACGUUAUCAAGAUGGUUUAUCAUCUCAUGAACAUUCAGUUUUUGCUAAUUUAUUAUUAGAAUAUUAUAAUGUUGAAAGUUUAUUCAGUGGUCAUAAUAAAAGAGAAGAAGAUGUUGUUUUAAAAUUACGUGAUGAAAAUAAAGCAGACUUAUCAAAAGUUGUUUCAAUUGUUUUAUCACAUUCAAGAGCUCCAUCUAAGAAUAACUUGAUCUUGGCCAUUUUGAAACAUUAUCAACCAUUAUGUCAACAAAAUUCUGAAGUUGCAGAUGCUUUACGUAACGUUUUGAAAAAAAUUGUUGAAUUAGAAUCAAGACCAACUGCUAAAGUUUCAUUAAAAGCUAGAGAAAUCUUGAUUCAAUGUGCUUUACCAUCAAUCAAAGAAAGAUCUGAUCAAUUAGAACAUAUCUUAAAAUCAUCAGUUACUCAAACUAGUUAUGGUGAAUUAAGUGGUGGUCAUCGUGAACCUCAAUUAGAAGUUUUAAAAGAUGUCAUUGAUUCUAAAUAUGUUGUUUUUGAUGUCUUGACUCAAUUUUUGGUUCAUCCAGAUCCAUUUGUUGCUUCUGCUGCCGCUGAAGUUUAUAUUCGUCGUGCUUAUCGUGCUUAUAACGUUAUUGGUAACUUGAAUUAUCAUACUACUAAUGGUUCACCAGCUGUUGAAUGGAAAUUCCAAUUGCCAUCUUUAUCAACUGCUGCUUUCAAUGCUAUUCCUCAAUCUAAGAACUUAUUAGGUAAAUCACCAAUGGGUAGAGCUGUUUCAGUUUCUGAUUUAACAUUUAUUUCAAAUGAUGAAUCUCAACCAUUAAGAACUGGUAUUUUGGUUCCAGCUCAUCAUUUAGAUGAUGUUGAAGAUGCUUUAGUUAGAGGUUUAGAAAAAGUUCCACGUCGUUCUUCAAGUGUUUCUGAUGCUUCAUCAAGAGGUCCUGCUCCUGAUAGAUCUGCUCCAAGUUCAAAUGCUGUCUUGGCUAAUGUUGCAAGUGUUGUUGUUGCUAAUGCUGAUGGUUUUGAAUCUGAAGAAGAAAUUUUAGAAAAAUUAAAUGAAAUCUUAACUGAUGCUAAAGAUGAAUUAGUUGCUACUUCAAUUCGUCGUAUUACUUUUAUCUUUGGUAGUACUGAUGGUUCUUAUCCAAAAUACUAUACUUUCAGAGGUCCAGAUUAUAAAGAAGAUGAAACAAUCCGUCAUAUUGAACCAGCUUUAGCUUUCCAAUUGGAAUUAGGAAGAUUAUCAAACUUCAAUAUUAAACCAGUCUUCACUGAUAACAGAAACUUACAUGUUUAUGAAGCUGUUGGUAAAAACUCUGCUGUUGAUAAGAGAUUCUUCACUAGAGGUAUUAUCAGAACUGGUCGUAUUAGAGAUGAUAUUACCAUCCAAGAAUAUUUAACUUCAGAAGCUAAUAGAUUAAUGUCUGAUAUUUUGGAUGCUUUAGAAGUUAUUGAUACUUCUAACUCUGAUUUAAAUCAUAUUUUCAUUAAUUUCUCUGCUGUUUUCAACGUUUUACCAGAAGAUGUUGAAGCUGCUUUUGGUGGUUUCUUAGAAAGAUUUGGUAGAAGAUUAUGGAGAUUACGUGUUGCAGCUGCAGAAAUUAGAAUUAUGUGUAAUGAUCCAAAGACUGGUGUUCCAUUCCCAUUAAGAGCCAUGAUUAACAAUGUUUCAGGUUAUGUUAUUAAAUCAGAAUUGUACAUUGAAGUUAAAAACAGUCAAGGUGAUUGGGUUUUCAAAUCUAUUGGUACUCCAGGUUCAAUGCAUUUAAGACCAAUUUCAACUCCAUAUCCUGCUAAAGAAUGGUUACAACCAAAACGUUAUAAAGCUCAUUUAAUGGGUACUACAUAUGUUUAUGAUUUCCCAGAAUUAUUCCGUCAAUCAACUUUAGCUCAAUGGAAAAAAUAUGCACCAGAUGCUAAAGUUCCAGAUGAUUUCUUCAAUGCUGUUGAAUUGAUUCUUGAUGAUAGUGAUGAAGUUACUGAAAUUUCUCGUGAACCAGGUGCAAAUAACAUUGGUAUGGUUGGUUUCAAAUUAAUUGUUAAAACACCAGAAUAUCCUCGUGGUCGUCAAAUCAUCAUUGUUGCUAAUGAUAUUACUUACAAGAUUGGUUCAUUUGGUCCACAAGAAGAUUAUUUCUUUAACAAGAUUACUGAAUUAGCUAGAAAAUUAGGUGUUCCAAGAAUUUACUUAUCAGCUAACUCUGGUGCUAGAAUUGGUGUUGCUGAAGAAUUAAUUCCAUUAUAUCAAGUUGCUUGGAAUGAACCAGGUAAACCUGAAAAAGGUUUCCAAUACUUAUACUUGACUCAAGAAGGUGCUGAUGAAUUAGCUAAGAAUGAACAAAGUAAAAAUGUCAUUACUGAAAGAAUUGUUGAAGAAGGUCAAGUUAGAUAUGUCAUUAAAGCUAUUAUUGGUGCUGAAGAUGGUUUAGGUGUUGAAUGUUUGAGAGGUUCUGGUUUAAUUGCAGGUGCCACUUCAAAAGCUUACAAGGAUAUUUUCACCAUUACUUUAGUCACCUGUAGAUCAGUUGGUAUUGGUGCUUAUUUGGUUAGAUUAGGUCAAAGAGCUAUUCAAGUUGAAGGUCAACCAAUUAUUUUAACUGGUGCUCCAGCUAUCAAUAAAUUAUUGGGUAGAGAAGUUUAUUCAUCUAAUUUACAAUUAGGUGGUACUCAAAUCAUGUACAGAAAUGGUGUUUCUCAUUUAACUGCUCCAGAUGAUUUAGCUGGUGUUCAACAAAUUAUGAAUUGGUUAUCAUAUGUUCCAGCUAAACGUAACAUGCCAGUUCCAAUUUUAGAAUCUGCUGAAGAUUCAUGGGAUAGAGAUGUUGAUUAUGCACCAAAAAGUGAUGAACCAUAUGAUGUUAGAUGGAUGAUUGAAGGUCGUUCACAUGAAGAUGGUUCUUUUGAAUCUGGUUUAUUUGAUAAGAACUCAUUCCAAGAAACUUUAUCAGGUUGGGCUAAAGGUGUUGUUGUUGGUAGAGGUCGUCUUGGUGGUAUUCCAUUUGGUGUUAUUGGUGUUGAAACUCAAAUGGUUGAAAAUUUAAUUCCAGCUGAUCCUGCUAAUCCUGCAUCAACUGAAGUUUUAGUUCAAGAAGCUGGUCAAGUUUGGUAUCCAAAUUCUGCUUUCAAAACUGCACAAGCCAUUAAUGAUUUCAACAAUGGUGAACAAUUACCAUUAAUGAUUUUAGCUAAUUGGAGAGGUUUCUCUGGUGGUCAACGUGAUAUGUAUAAUGAAGUUUUGAAAUAUGGUUCAUUUAUUGUUGAUGCAUUAGUUGAUUAUAAACAACCAAUUAUUACAUAUAUUCCACCAACUGGUGAAUUAAGAGGUGGUUCAUGGGUUGUUGUUGAUCCAACCAUUAAUGCUGAUAUGAUGGAAAUGUAUGCUGAUGUUGAAUCAAGAGCCGGUGUUUUAGAACCAGAAGGUAUGGUUGGUAUUAAAUACCGUAGAGAAAAAUUAUUAGCUACAAUGACCAGAUUAGAUAAAACUUAUGGUGAUUUAAAGAAAAAAUUAACUGAUCCAUCAUUAUCACAAGAAGAUCAUGUUAAAGUUUCAGCUGAAUUAGCUACACGUGAACGUGCAUUAUUACCAAUUUAUCAACAAAUUUCAGUUCAAUUUGCUGAUUUACAUGAUAGAUCAGGUCGUAUGGUUGCUAAAGGUACUAUUCGUAAAGAAUUAGAAUGGGUUAAUGCUCGUCGUUUCUUCUUCUGGAGAAUUCGUCGUCGUUUAAAUGAAGAAUAUUUAAUUAAACGUAUUGGUGAAGAAUUAAAACAAUCUACAAGAAUUGAAAAAGUUGCAAGAUUAAGAUCAUGGUAUCCAACUUCAAUUGAUUUUGAAGAUGAUAGAAGUGUUGCUACAUGGAUUGAAGAAAAUCAUGAACAAUUAGAUUUAUCUGUUAAACAAUUAAAAGAUGAAGCAUUUGCACAAAAUAUUGCUCAAUUAAUUAGAAGUAAUCAUGAUUCAGCUAUUAGUGGGUUAGCUGAAGUUAUUGGUUUACUUUCAACUGAAGAUAAAGAAAAGAUUUUAAAAAAUUUAAAAUAA